UCUCUUCAAAAUAGAGACGACGCACUUUUACAUUGAGCACUGGAAGCAUCAAGUAGUUAUUAACCUGAUAAAAACCUAAUGAAAUCUGGCUGGAAUCACGGUUCAGGAUCCAGCCCAUAUUAUGGCUGGCACUGGAUCCAAGUCAGGAUUACCUGGUGGGCUGUAUAUGAAAUCACAGCUUCAGAUCACUGUUAUUUCAGCAAAACUAAAAGAAAAAAAUAAGUGGUUUGGACCAAGCCCUUACGUGGAAGUCUCAGUAGAUGGACAGUCAAAGAAGACAGAAAAAUGCAACAACACAAAUAGUCCAAAGUGGAAACAGCAUCUUACAGUAAUUGUCACUCCUCUAAGUAAAUUAACCUUUCGAGUCUGGAGCCAUCAAACGUUGAAGUCUGAUGUCCUCCUGGGAAGUGCUGCCCUGGAUAUUCAUGAGACUUUGAAAUCAAACAGUAUGAAACUUGAUCAGGUAGUGGUAACACUGCAUCUUCUUGGUGACAGAGAGCCAGCAGAAGUGGUAGGAGAUUUGUCUGUCUGUCUAGAUGGGAUGCAGGUAGAUCCUGAGCUCCUGACCAAUGGUGAUGCCUCAAGUACAAGAAGUCCUACACAGAGUGACAGCUCCAAAGCAAGAAAUGAUGCUCGGACUAACACAAAUGGCCUUGAAAGCUCUGAAGAUGCUGCUUCAAAUGAAAACAAGACUGUUAAUGGCAGUGAUUCUCCACUACUCACCAAUGGAAGCUGCAAACCUUCUCGACCUCCCAGGCCUUCCAGACCACCUCCACCCACACCCCGCAGACCCCCAUCAGCAGCUGGAAGUGUGAAUGGUUCUCCAUCCACGUCCACAGAGAAUGAUGGGGCCAGUGCAGGUUCACUGGCAGGCACAGCUGCAAAUACAUCUUCAGAACCGAGCCCUGAGGGGGCAACAGCAGCAACAACAGCUCCUGCAACUGCUGCGCUCACCACUCCUCCAGUAUCAAGACAAGUCCAGCCAGUAAAUCCUCCAACUCAGGCACUAACUACAGUCAGUCAAGGUCCUCUUCCACCUGGUUGGGAGCAAAGAGUGGACCAGCAUGGUCGAGUAUAUUAUGUAGAUCAUGUUGAAAAAAGAACAACGUGGGAUCGGCCAGAGCCUCUUCCUCCAAGCUGGGAGCGACGAGUUGACAACAUGGGGAGAAUUUACUACGUUGACCACUUCACGAGAACAACAACGUGGCAGAGGCCAACGUUAGAGUCUGUCCGAAACUACGAACAGUGGCAGCUUCAGCGCAGUCAGCUUCAAGGAGCGAUGCAGCAGUUCAAUCAGAGGUUUAUCUAUGGGAACCAGGACUUUUCUUCCACUCAGAACAAAGAAUUUGAUCCCCUUGGCCCACUGCCACCUGGAUGGGAAAAGAGAACUGACAGCAAUGGCAGAGUGUAUUUUGUCAAUCACAACACACGUAUCACGCAGUGGGAAGAUCCUAGGAGUCAGGGUCAAUUAAAUGAGAAACCCUUACCUGAGGGUUGGGAAAUGCGAUUUACUGUGGAUGGCAUUCCGUACUUUGUGGAUCACAAUAGAAGAACCACUACAUACAUAGAUCCCCGCACGGGCAAGUCUGCUCUAGACAAUGGGCCCCACAUAGCCUAUGUUCGGGAUUUCAAGGCAAAGGUCCAUUAUUUCCGAUUCUGGUGUCAGCAACUGGCAAUGCCACAACACAUAAAGAUCACAGUGAGCAGAAAAACAUUAUUUGAAGACUCAUUUCAACAGAUAAUGAGCUUCAGCCCUCAGGAUCUGCGGAGACGUUUGUGGGUUAUUUUCCCUGGUGAAGAAGGCUUAGAUUAUGGAGGUGUUGCAAGGGAAUGGUUCUUUCUGUUAUCACAUGAAGUUUUGAACCCAAUGUAUUGCCUGUUUGAAUAUGCUGGAAAAGAUAACUACUGCUUACAGAUAAACCCAGCCUCCUACAUUAAUCCAGACCAUCUGAAAUACUUCCGUUUCAUUGGAAGGUUCAUUGCCAUGGCUUUGUUCCAUGGAAAAUUCAUUGACACUGGUUUCUCUCUGCCGUUCUAUAAACGUAUCUUAAACAAGCCAGUAGGACUCAAGGAUUUAGAAUCUGUUGACCCAGAGUUUUACAACUCUCUCAUCUGGGUAAAAGAGAAUGAUAUUGAAGAAUGUGGCUUGGAAAUGUUUUUCUCAGUUGAUAAAGAAAUUCUGGGUGAAAUCAAAAGCCAUGAUUUGAAGCCAAAUGGUAGCAACAUUCUUGUGACAGAAGAAAACAAAGAAGAAUAUAUUAGGCUGGUAGCAGAAUGGAGACUUUCCCGAGGUGUUGAGGAACAGACACAAGCGUUUUUUGAAGGCUUCAAUGAAAUUCUGCCACAGCAGUAUCUGCAGUAUUUUGAUGCUAAGGAACUGGAGGUAAAGGAUUGUUUGACUAUUGCCAGAUCCAGGCUGUGACACGUAGUACUUAAAUUUCAGUCAGUGUCUGAAGAACAGAGUUUGUGAAGGCUGACAGUUCUGUUCUGAGAAUGUGUGAGAGAAGCCUCA